AUGUCUAUGGUAACUAACGUUGUGUUAGCGAAAAGCCGACUCCAGAUUGCAACUUGUUCUCUACCUUCCCAGACUGUCACCAAGGUGACUACGGUGACCGCACCAGUAGUGAAGAAGACUGUCACUGUGACUUCUACACUCACCAACUCCUUGAUUCGCACGACCACAUCUACAACUAUCAAAGUCGACGCGUCCACUUCGACUGAACGGGCUACCACAACCACAACGGCAACCCUUCUCAAUACUGUGACUACGACUACGUCCGGCGUCACAACUGUGACAUCACCUUAUCAAGAGCAAGCAUCUAUUUGCACAACGGCUGCAAUCAUCCCCCGGGAUUACGGCUACGGCUCAAACAAUCAGAGUCCUCUUCCGAAGGAUUGUUCGUGCUACUUGACAUCAAUAACGACGUGCGGCACGACAACAGUCUACAGUACUACGAGCAAGGCUGCAGCCACUGCCACUGCCACUGUCACAACCUUUGUGACUGUCACAAAAGUCUCUACUCUACAGACCGUUCGAGUUGUUUGGUGUGAAGAGCUGGUCCGCAACUACGGAAAAAGAUGGUGA